UGAUACAAGAACUUGUGCAGAUAAUUCACAGGCAACAAUGUCCCCGCAGACGCAGCAUUCUGGUGUUAGCUAUACAGAUGAAGUUGAAUUUCCUGCACAGAACAAGCUGCUCAGUAGUGUCUCAUUCAGUCCGUUGCAAAGUCCUCAUCUUGAUGGCCAAACAACGAUAUUAGGAACAAAUUCAACCCGCGUGAUCCCUUACGACAAUGUGGAUGUACUAUAUGCUCCUAGGAAAGAACCAAGCUUGACAACGACAAGAACAACAACAGCGAAUGGAAUCAUGAUGACAUUAUUGAUCAAAUUUAGAGGUAUAAAAAUCAGAUCACUCUUUGCAUCACUCAUAAAACCAAGACAAAAUUGUAAAAGCAACAACUCUAGCAAAAAGUCCAUAACAUUUUUUCAAUGUUAUCAAAAGGAAAUGGUGAAUGCCUCAAUUGGAAGGAAUAGUAAGCAUUGGAAUUUAGAGGAUACCACCUCUUUGAGAAAGAGUAAAAAAAUGAUGGAGAUGGAUUUUGGAGCAUUUAAAGGUGUAUUCAAUGGCAUAGGUGGAAUGAGUAGAAGAAGAUCAAAAAGAAGAACAGAUGCUUCAAGUUCAUGUAACAACUCACCAAUUCAUGAAGGAUAUUCAAAAGACAACUCUAUUCAAGCAGCUAUUGCUUAUUGUAAAAGUUCAUUUGGUCAAACAUCUGAUUUCACAUUCACAACUUCAAUUACUUCUACUCCUUCUAGGUUUGUAGCAUAUUCUGAUUGAUUGAGAGGAACUAAAAUUCAAUAUGUUCUUUUCAUCAUGUAUCAAAUCAUACUAAACAAAAUUAUGAUGCAACUUGCAAGCUGAAUGUGUAAC